ACGAUCUCUUGUUAAGUUGGAUAUUCAGAAAUGUCCAAAAUUGAAGUUUGUUCCAAGUCUAGAAGGACUUGUCUCUCUGAAAACAGUAAAGGUGGAAGAUUGUGGUGGAUUAGAGUGUUUACCGAGUGGGCUCUCAUCCUGCCCUGCUUUGGAGGAAUUGGAGAUAUGGCAAUGCUCUAAUUUGGUUUCUAUUCCAGAAGAAGUGAAACAGUUACGGUCUCUUGUGAAGUUGGUUAUUUGGAAAUGUCCAAAAUUUGUUCCUAGUCUGGAAGGACUUGUCUCUCUGAAAACAGUAGAGUUGAAUGAUUGUGAUGGAUUAGAGUAUCUAUCGAGUGGGCUCUCAUCCUGCAUUGCUCUAGAGGAAUUAAAGAUACUGAAAUGCUCUAAUUUGGUUUCUAUUCCAGAAGAAUUGAAACAGUUACGGUCUCUUGUUAAGUUGGAUAUUUGUGAAUGUCCAAAAUUGAAGUUUGUUCCAAGUCUAGAAGGACUUGUCUCUCUGAAAACAGUAAAGGUUGAAGAUUGUGGUGGAUUAGAGUGUCUACCUAGUGGACUCUCAUCCUGCACUGCUCUGGAGGAAUUGAGGUUACAGAAUUGCUGUAAUUUAGUUUCUAUUCCUGAAGAAUUGAAACAGUUACGAUCUCUUCUUGUGUUGAAUAUUUGGGAAUGUCGAAAAUUGAGGAGCUUCCCAGAGGAGAUCUUGAGCUCCCUUGCCAGCUUGAAGACAUUAAUGCUUGGCCUUCUCUCAGAAGAGUUGGAGGAAUUCCCAAAUUUGAGUUCUACUUCCCCUUCCACUCCAACCUCCCUUGAAGUCUUGGUUUUGGGUGGAUGGGGAAAUGUAACUCUGCCACAUCAAAUUCAACGCCUCACUACUCUCAGGUACUUAGCUAUCAAAAGCUUCAAUGGAGUGGAAGAAGCAUUAUCGGGAAACCUAUCUUGUCUUAAAACACUUACAAUUGAGGGUUGUACUGGGUUAAGGCGUCUAUCAAGUGGGCUGUUAUCUCUUGAGAGACUCAGUUAUUAUAAUUGCCCUAAUCUGGUCUCUCUUCACGGAGAGUUGAAGGAAUUGCAUUCUCUAACCAUUUUAGAUUGUCCGAAAUUGGUGGGCUUGCUAAAGGAGAGUCUCGGCUGCUGUACUAGGUUGAAGAGAUUACAGAUAGGCCGUUUCUCAGAAGAGCUGGAAGAAUUCCCAAGUCUGAGUUCCAUCCCCGCCUCCCUUGAACAUUUGACCUUGACGGGAUGGGAAAAACUAACUCACCUCCCACAAAUUCAACACCUCACUGCUCUAAAGUGGUUGAAUAUAGAGCACUUCAAUGGAAUGGAAUUUUUGCCAGACUGGUUUAACAACUUGUCCUCCCUUCAACGACUUGAAAUUUGGAACUGCCCAAACAAGUUAAAGGAAAGAUGCACCGAGGGAAGCGGUCCUGACUGGCACAAGAUUUCUCACAUUCCAUGCAUCGUAAUAGAUGGGGAGCUCAUCCAAUCCAAACACUGAGGCAAAGAGGUUUGUCUUCUCUUUUUUUCUCACAACUGCACUUAUACGAAUU